ACUAUCUGUGCAUCGUAUGGAGCGACAGCUGUGGCGUCAUUGCUCUGACUAUACAUCAGACCAAUAAAGCCGUGUUGGUACUCGUGGGAUUCAUUCAACUUUUAAAAAGAAAUCGUAUUUAACCACUUAGUCAUUUUCACAGCGCGCAUCUGACCGUUGAUGAGUGAAGAUCCGUGCGUAAAACUACACCUACUCACCACUGCUCUGCUACAGAAUGUCAGAGAGGCUUUUUUUGACUUCAAACGUGAUCCAAGAGCUCCAUCACUGAGAGAGUGAUUGACACGGAGAGUUUCACUGGAGGUGGUUUGGUGACAGCGACGCCGGACUUUUAGUUUGGAUUGGCACCGCAGCACCCUUAAAUCUUCUGGACUUUUUACUGUUUCAGUCGCGUGGAUCCUGUAUCUGCGUGGGACCCUUGGCCGUUUUGGAUCUCUUAAAUGUCACGGCUAUCACAGUCUAUAUGUCACAAGAGGGGGAUCAACGUGAGCUGAAAUUCCCACCAGGAGGAACUUUAUUUCCGAGAGUUUCCAGCACCGAAUCAGUGGAGUAUUCAUGAAGCAAUAUUUGAACUAUUACAAGAUGAGGCUGAGAACAUCGAGGUUAGGCUAUCUGUUACUUCAGUUCACAGCGCUUUGCUUUUACGCACAGAACACUGUGCAGUCCCCUCCUAAUUUCAAGCACCAUGUCACCGAGCAGAGCCGGCUGUCGGACCGCAUGAGCCGCAGGUUGACGCGAACCUACCAGCUGUACAGCCGCACCAGCGGGAAACAUGUCCAGGUCCUGGGCAACAAGAGGGUCAACGCCAACGGAGACGACGGAGCGGUGCACGCUAAACUGGAGGUGGAGACGGACUCUUUUGGAAGUCGUGUUCGCAUUAAAGGGGUGAAGACGGGAUACUACAUAUGUAUGAACAAGAGGGGGAAGCUGAUCGGCAAGCGGAAAGGACGAGGCAAAGAUUGCAUCUUCACCGAGAUUGUUCUGGAAAACAACUACACGGCGCUGCAGAACGCCAAGUACGAGGGCUGGUACAUGGCUUUCACACGCAAGGGCCGUCCGAGGAAGGCCUCCAAGACCAAGCAGCACCAGAGGGAGGCCCACUUCAUGAAGCGUCUUCCCAGGGGGCACUUGCUGAGCGAGAGGAGACCGUUUGAUGUCCUUCCUCUCCGCGUCCCCGCGCACCCUUUGAGCAAGCGGACUAAACAUUCCCAUCACCAGCGUUCAGGAGGCCGCUGAGCACUGAAACCACUGAGGGAGAACUGUCGACGAACCAGCACAGAAGAACCACUACAAGAGGAAACAAGAGCUCUCAGAGAAAUUAACUUUUACAGUCAAGUGCCCAUACACGUUUUGCCUCAUUUUGUGGACUUUGUGUAAUUCUUUGUACUGGAUUGUAUGUAACCAUUGAUUAUCUAAUCUGCUAGUUAUUUCCAAUUCAGACAAAUCGUAGGACAGAUUUUUACUCGUGAACUCGGGUGGGGGAGAGGGGGCAGUUAAGCACAAAAGAGCUCAACAAUACUUUCAUGAAUGAAAAACCUCUGAUUAGAAGUUCAGAAGCUCAGCAACAAAGAAUGUUUAAAACAGAAAUGAGUACAAUGAAGCUAGACACGGCAGCUAUCUGUGGAUUUUCUUGUGGUUGCAGCACCAGAGUCUCAGUUGACAUGCUAGCCUGCCUUUAGGAGGCCAUUCUGGAGAAUUUUUAACCUGUUUUUUUUUUACAUAUAUGAAUAUAUUUUUACUGUAAAAAUGUAAAUGAAUGAUGGAAAUAUUUAUUGUAGAGUGUAUAUUAAAACCACUAAAGAAUCAGUUCACAAGCUGCGAGGCU